AUGAACGCGGUGUGGCUCUCGAGCCUUGAGCGCGACCUCAUGGUGGCCCAGAGUCAACCUAACCUCCGGCCGCACACGUCAUCGGGCGACCCGCCGCGUCUCCGAAAAGGCGCGAGCUCCAAGCAGUUGCGGCCUCUUACUGUCAAUAAAGACGACGAAGCGCGCUUGCGCAAGAAGAAGCUCGAAGACGGCGAGGCGUGCUGGCGCGCGUGGUGCGACGAGAAGAACGAGCGCAUCAAGGAAGAAAAGGCCAAGGAGCGGGCCAACGCGCGCGAGGCCGAGCAAGCCGAGCUCAAAAAAGCCAAGCUCAGAGCGCAGAGCGAGGCGUCGUUUGACGAGUGGAAGCGCGCCAAGGCCCAGGAGCGAGCGGCCCGAAGUGAAGCUCUCGCUCAAGACCAAGCGGCGCAGCGCGAGCUCGUCAAGCAGGUUGAAACCAUUCGGAUGGCCAACGUCCAGAGCCAUCUCGAUGCCAUCGAGCGUGUGAAGCUCCUCACCGCCAAGCGCCGGGCCGCGACGCCGUCCAAGAAGAAGCGAAAGAAGAAGACAUCGCCACCAGUCUUUCUCCACCCGAGUACACCCGUUGCGUACAUUCCAAACCAAGUCGAGAUAGCAGCGCGCAUGGACAACCUUGUCGCGUCGCUCGCAGCGACGCCUGAAAUCGAGAGCCACAAUGCGACGAUGCAGAGCCAGCGCUACAUGACCCAGCUGCACAGCCAGAGCGCAUACCGCGCCGACUCGCUUCAGCAACUGCGCGUCUGGGCGAAACCCACGCCCGAGAUUUACAUGCUCGCCUCGGUGCUGUACAAGAUUGUUGCACUCGAGACGCCGUCGACCGUCCAGCUCGUGGACCGAUGGCGCUGGCUGCCAUGGAAGAUUCUACGAAGCGUCUUUCAAGACUCGCUCGUCGAGACGCUUCAAGCCGUCGCGAUCGCCGAUCUCGACCCUCGGUCGCUUGCGCUGCUCUAUUUGCACUGCGGCCAAACCACGUUCUCGAUGGCCGCGAUCGAGCGACGGUCGGUGGUCGGCGCUGCGCUGCGCAUGUGGGUCCACAACGUCGCCGCGGUCCACGAGCUCGUGCAUCCAAGCUCGCAAGCGAUCCGGUCGAUCGACCAGCUCAAGCUGCACAGUGUCAGCCUCCAAGACAUUGCUCACGUCGUCCUCCUCUUGCACGUGUACCCAUACGUCAACGUGGCGCGGCGCAUGGCCACGCAGAGUGUCAAGCAAGCACGACUGCGCGACGGCGACCUGUCGUUGCUGCGAGAGCUGUACGCAACGCCCGAAGCACCAUCGCCUUUGGCUGUUGCAGAACCCGCAACGCCGCUACGCAUCCAAUCCGAUGCAUUGGCGCACUUUUUAAAGUUUGAGGCGCCACUGCCAGCACCAAAGCCCGAGGUGCCAGCGCGGUCGAAGCUCGCGGCUCGCCUUGCCGCGCGGCUUGAAGAGCAUCGCGAAAUCGUGCAUGAGCAGCGUUCGGCGCAUCAGCAGGCCAACGACGGCGACGACGACAACCUCGAAAACGACUUUGUCGUCGUGUACAAGCUCGCGCUGCCCAAGAAAGAGGACGCGACGACGCUCAACGUCAUCAACUACCUCUCGGCCAAGCGACGCGACUCGUUGAGCCAACGGUCGCAACCGUGGAACCCCAACGAAGCACGCAAGUCCAUCACCGUGCGCAGGCCGUCGACCAAGGUGGUGCCGCUGGUCUCGAACAAAAACACAGCCAAGGGUCCUCUGCGUACACGCGCCAAGCCCGCGCCGAUUCCAGAAGAGAGAGCGUCGUCUGCCAAAAGCAAGCAAGACAGCAAGAAGCGAGACGACGAUGUGCUCUUCUUCAACGACGGCUGCGCAGUUCAACAACCACGAACAGAGCGCGCGCACGCCGCGUCGGUUCCGCUCGUCCGGGCAGACGUGCUAGCGUCCGAAGAGCUGCUCGACACGCCUCGCUCCGAGGGCGCGUGGGACGAUAACGAGUCGGUCGACGCCGACGAGGCGGUGCAUGAUGGCCAAGGCUUGUACGCAGGCGACGACGAGUUCCUCUCCGACACGGACGCGUAA